AUUUUUCCUCUCGUCUUUGCGCAUCCAUCAUGGGCGUUUUGAAUCGUGAACACGACAUUCAGUCAUAUGGCUAUAAGGACGAUGGCUUUCCGACAAAGACUUCAGAGCAGCAGGUGGAAACGGAAGAAAGCAUCUGCAACGCAUAUUUCGCGUACACGCAAGAGAGCCCUAUACCGAAACCUAUUGCUAGUAUCGAACUUCGCAAAUCACGUCAUGUCAAGUUCCUCCUUGGUGCCUUGGACCGUCUUGCCAGUUACUGGGUAGCAUUGGAUGCUGCUAAACCAUGGCUCUGCUACUGGAUCCUUCAUUCACUCGAUAUUUUAGAGUAUAAGAUCCCUGACCAGAUCGCACAACGUGCUAUCUCCACUUUGAAGCAUCUGCAAUGCGAAACUGGUGGAUUCGGAGGUGGGCCAGGUCAGGAGGCUCAUUUGGCACCAACCUAUGCAGCCGUCAACAGUUUGGCCAUUAUUGGAACCAAGGAAGCCUAUGAUAUAAUUGAUAGGCCUAAGCUUCUCGAGUUUUUAAUGCGAGUCAAACAACCAGAUGGGUCGUUCAAAAUGAUGGUUGGUGGUGAGAUUGAUAUCCGAGGAUCGUAUUGUGCGAUGGUUGCAGCGACAUUAACCAACAUUCGAACAGCAGAAUUGGAAGCUGGGGUCGCAGAGUUUAUAGCUAGUUGUCAAACUUAUGAAGGCGGUUUGGGGAGCUACCCUGGCGUUGAGGCUCAUGGAGGAUAUGCGUUCUGUGGAUUGGCAGCGUUAGAAUUGAUGGGUCAGACAAAUAUAUUAGACCAAGAGGCAUUUCUGAGAUGGAGUGUCAGCCGUCAAAUGUUGUUAGAGGGUGGAUUCAAUGGCAGGACUAAUAAGCUGGUAGAUGGGUGUUAUUCAUUUUGGGUAGGGGGUUUGUUUCCGAUCAUUGGCAAGAUGCUAGAAAGCCAAGGUCAGGAGUAUAGCACACUGGAUUUCAUAUAUGAUCGAGAUGCGCUACAAGAAUAUAUAUUAAUUGCAUGCGAAGCUAAAACUGGUGGCCUUCGUGACAAACCCACAAAAUCCCCCGAUUAUUACCACACAUGCUAUUGCUUAAGCGGUUUAUCAUUAUCCCAACACCAUAUCUCCUUCCGCCAUGAUCUAAAGGAGAUUGCGCCAGGUGCUCUGUCAAGUUUGCUCUGGACAGAAAAUUCAAAUAAGCUUCGAGUCGUGGGCUCUUCUAAGAAUAUGGUUGAACCUACUCACCCGAUCUUCAACAUUCGUUUGGAGAGUGUCAGGAAGGCAUUUGUGUAUUUUUAUGGCAAGGCUGCAGAAGACGUCAUUGAAGAAGUGGAUAUUGAAGUUGUUCGUCACUAGGAUCAUUUUAUCAUAAGAUAUGUUUUUUUCCCUUUGAAUUUAUUCUUGUUUUGAGAGCUGAAAUAACGAAUUAAGCACGGAAUACUUGAAGUAUGCGCUCAACGUAUUUUCGGCAAAUCGGGCAAACUCGCUCCCUUUCGAUGACUUGCUUGCCAC